AUGAAGCGUGCUCCGGUGAAGAAUAGAUACUUUCACUCUCCAACAGAAACUUCAAGGCCUCGAUCUCAUGCUGAUGAGAACUCUUCUUUGCAAACCAGCUCGAGCCUCCGUCGUGCUGAAGUCGAGGCAGACCAGGUGUCGCCAGGGCCGGCCAGGAAGAAAGUGCCGAGCGCAGCGAAAAGUUGCAAGGGCAUGAAAUCCUCGAGGAAGAAUUCAAAGUCUAAUGACCCUUAUGAAAUCAUCACCCUGGAUUUCACCCCUAGGGAACUGGACGGCUGGCUUGUCUGCCCUCAGGGUGACCGGGGCCGGAGUCGCCAGACUGACGCUGAUCUCUGUGACGGGAUGGGGCCCGCCUCGGAUGUCAACCAUGUCACAGCUGCAGAAUCCUUGACAUCAGUUGUCUACAAGCCCUCCAGGUAUCAUACGAGUGCGCGUGUGCCGAGCAAAGUGGAGCAGUACUCGGUCUCACGACCUGAGACGAACGUGGAGUACGGGAGUGAGAUUCUCCGAAGGGUUCUCGACAUUUUCGACCCCAAGGACGGGCAGUGGAGGAGAGGAGUAAUUACCAAGUACGACUGGAGGACCAGGAAGCAUCACGUAGUGUACGAGGAUAAGGAGAAGGCCUUCCUCAACCUCCACGAGCACACGAUCCGGUGGGUCUUUGUGCAGUAUCGACCUCCUGCUUCGACCGUCCAGAAGGCGCCUGCACACUUCCAAGUCAAGAGUAGAGUGGAAGCGCAGGAUAGGGAGGGCGACUGGUAUCGAGGGACGGUGGUGAACAUCAACGUGCUCAAGACUGAAGUGAAGGUGAACUUUGAUGGGUGGAACUGCAAGUGGGAUGAAUGGAUCCCAAUCUCAAGCGGUCGCGUCCGUACGAUCCAACAUCCGGACGCUCUCAGUAUCCGGCGAGAUGGGUCCCCCGUCUACUUGUGCUCCAAGAUGAAAGUCGGCAAGGAGAUCGAAGCUCAGGACGUGGAGGGCGGAUGGUACCGAGCGAAGGUGGUGGAGAAGAAUGACGCUAGGAACAUGGUGUGUGUCAACUUCAAGGACUGGCCGCCCAAGUGGAACGAGUGGAUUCACGUGGACAGCGGGAGAGUGCGAGAUAUGCUCUACCCUGAUGCCGUGGGCAUCACAAGGGACGGGCGACCUAUCUGGAAGGAGGAGAAGAGGAGGAGGAGCGAGGAGGGCAGCGAAUAUUCUGCCGGGUCCCCUAGGAAGCGAUCAUGCCGCAGCAGACAGGUGCCUUACCAGACUGUGGAACGUUCCAGCAGGCGCGGAGGAGGGAAGCCGCUGACUGUGGAGGCGCCGAUGCCGCCAGGGACAAACGGCGAGGAGCAGGAGAGGAGGGUGAGCGAUUACGAGCAGAGGAGGCUGUGCAACAUCGACAGGAACCUUAAGAUGCUUCAGUACAUCGACCGCAUCAACACGUGA